CUUGGACAUGAAUUUCUACAAGAAUCUGCAAUGAUGACAAACAUUGGAGUGAGGGGAUUUCCUGCACUGCAGUGUGACAGAAAUGGUCCAAGCCGGAGAAGAGGAGGAGGCGAGGCGUUCAUUGUCUUGGACUUAUGGACACUAAUGGAUUAAUUAAUUAUCUCGCCCUCGCCUCCCUCUUCCGGUUCUUUUCUUCUUUUCCUUUUAACCUCCUUUUCCUCCUUUUCGCUGAUGGCUGCCCAAUUCGGCUAGCCAGGCAUUUUGCGGGUGAUCGUUGCCCAUCAUCAAAUGUCUACGACUCUGACCAUUCAGCGAUUGUUCAUCUAUCCAGUCAAAUCUCUGCCGCCAGUCCAAGUCUCUUCCGUCGAACUUACCAAUGAAGGUCUUCGCUUCGAUCGAUGCUUCGUCCUCGUCACUCCUCCCAAGGACAACUCGCGCGAGGCCAAAUUCCUGACCAUCAAGAAACAUUUUAAGCUGAUGCUAUUUAAACCUGUCAUUGACGACUCCUGGACUAAGCUCACCAUCAGCCACCUUCAUUCAAAUUCGCCCCCAGCCAUAAGUGUCCCUCUUACGCCCUCACCACUCUCUCUUCUUCAAAAUAAAACCUACGAAGUCAGCAUUUUCGGCACCACAGCCAUCGGCAUUGACCUAGGCGAAGAACCAGCCAAUUUCUUCUCAAAACACAUUGGUCAAGAUGUACGGCUCUUAUCCAUCGGAGGUACAGGGCGCCGUGAGAUUCCCGGGGCAGCCUACGUACCCAGUGAGCACAAUGCCCUCUCCCUAGCUCUUCGAGAAGGACUGCAGCCUCAACGCAUCCGUUUCGCCGAUGCUGCACCACUUCUCAUCACCUCGACCGCUUCCGAAGAGGACGCUCGAUCCCGGCUUCCAAAAGAAUGGCAGCAUGAAGACGUCAUUGUCCGCCUCAGACCAAACAUCCACAUAGACGUCAAAGGCCAGCUUCCACCCUACGACGAGGACAACUGGUCCUCUCUUUUGGUUCGAUCCCAGGCAGACGAAGCACAGGAAGUUACCAUCAAGUGUAUCUUUCGCACAGUACGUUGUCUCAGUCUUAACGCAGACCCCGAGACGGGCGAAAUGAUCCAUCGAAGUCGACAGCUUUAUGGGUUGUUGGCAAGUGAUCGAAGAGUCAACGACAAGUUUCCUCCCUGUCUUUGGCCAAUACGCCUUUGCCGGUCCUUCCGGUGCUGUACUGCGUAUCGGUGACCAAGUCUACGUGACUGAAAGAGCCCAGCGGACGUAAUGCCAGGAGCCACAACCUCCAACAUGUGGCUGUACCUUGCGCAUCCCUUCUCGCGGCGAUGCCCGAAAAUCGCUCGUGAUCCGACCAUCUGGGCAAAGAGGCCGAUCGAUGCGGCGCUCGGAGCAC